CGCCCCCUGACGCGCCUAUACAGGGGGCGGUUCCGCGCGCGCCCGCCUAGAAGGAGCCGGACCGCGGGGCUGGGGGCAGCUAGCUGUGCUGCGACGCCCGCGGGAAGAUGAACGGGACGCGGAACUGGUGUACCCUGGUGGAUGUGCACCCGGAGGGGCAGACCGCGGGCAGCAUGGACAUUCUCAGACUGGCUCUCCAGAGUGAACUGACAGGAGAUGAACUUGAACACAUAGCCCGGAAGGCAGGCGGGAAGACCUAUGCCAUGGUGUCUGGCUGCUCCACCAGUCAUUCUCUGGCCUCAGAACUGGUGGAGUCCAGUGAUGGACAUGAGGAGAUCAUUAAGGUGUACUUGAAGGGGAGGCCUGGAGACAAGAUGACCCAUGAGAAGAAUAUUAACCAGCUGAAGAGUGAGGUACAGUACAUCCAGGAGGCCAGGAACUGCCUGCAGAAGCUCCGCGAGGAUAUAAGUAGCAAGCUCGACAGAGACCCAGGAGAGUCUCCCCACACACAGGAGAUACAGGUGCUGCUAGAAAAGCCAAACGGCUUUAGCCAAAGCCCCAGGACCGGGUACAGCAGCCCCCCUGAGGUGGACACCUAUGUAAAUGAAGAUGCCAAGAGCUUGAGGAAGACCGUGAAGGACUUGCUAGCCAAGCUGCGGGAGGCUGAUUGGCAGCACCAGUCAGACCGUGUGGCUUUUGAGGUCACACUCAGCCAAUACCGGAGAGAGGCAGAGGAGAGCCAGGAAGCCCUGCAGAGAGUGGAGGACCGACUGGAGCAGAAGGAGAUGGAAGCGGGCGAGCUGCAGAGGCGCCUGUCGGGGAUGGAGACGGAGCAUCAGACCUUACUGGCGAAGGUCAGGGAAGGGGAGACAGCCCUUGAGGAACUUCGGAGCAAGAAUGCUGACUGCCGAGCAGAACAAGAAAAGGCUGCUUCCCUGGAAAAGGAGGUGGCUGGGCUGCGGGAGAAGAUUCACCACCUGGAUGACAUGCUGAAAAGCCAGCAGCGGAAAGUCCGGCAGAUGAUAGAGCAGCUCCAGAAUUCAAAAGCUGUGAUCCAGACAAAGGACACCACCAUCCAGGAACUCAAGGAGAAAAUUGCCUACCUGGAAGCAGAGAACUUAGAGAUGCACGACCGGAUGGAACACCUGAUAGAGAAACAAAUCAGCCAUGGCAACUUCAGCACCCAGACCUGGGCCAAGACAGAGAAUGUGGGCAGCGUCAGGAUAGCCAAGCCUCCCAGCCCUAAGCCCAUGCCUCUCAUCCGAGUGGUGGAAACAUGAAGUGAUGAAGACUGAUGCCGCCUCUCGCCUGUGGAGAAGCCUCUCUAGCCUGUUAGCACUGACUCUGGGUUCCUGACUGUUACCUGGCUGCACUCGGGGCUUGGGGCAGUGCCCCACCGUCCCCCAAACUCCUGUCUUCUGAGUGCUGGGUGGAUGGAGGAUGAGCGCCUCCUCCGGACACGGCGGCCCUCGGGAGGACGCAUCCUGCUGGCAGAAGCCGGGGCGGUGCCCUUGUUUCCAUAGUUACUAUUUUUCUCUUAACAGAGCCUCCCUUCUGUUGUACACUGGAGUUCAGCUGGCCCUGAAGCCAGGCCCUCUUCCGGUCAGGAGAGCUGAAGAGGUGACAAGACUUGCCCCAGCCCUAGAAGCUGGAGGCACAGGUGUCCAUAGUGAUUGGAGAGUGUCCUGGGGGAACAAAGUUCCUUCCGCAAACACAGCUCAGUGCUUAGCAACAAACUGUUUUUCCUCCUUGAUCCACCCUCAGCUUCUGCUGACCAGGCCUCCGUCAGGUAGACUGCGGGCUUCCUCAGCCCUGACGGGCCAGCCUGUCAUUCUGGGGAGGAGGGAAUGUACCUUCAGGAAGUACCUUUUAGCAGAGAUUCUGUAGGGCCCGGAGAGCUCCGUGUGACAGAAUCUUUUAGGGCCGUUCCCCUGAGAUUCAGUACAAAGCACACCCCAGCCUUCUCGACUGACUCAGAGCCUAAAAACUGUUUUCACUGGCUUACAUCUAUCUCAGCAAAACUCUCUUUGUAUUUAUUUUGCUAAGUUAUUGGUGUUUUUGCAUCUGUCUCACGACGGAGGCAGUCCUAGAGUUCUGCAGCCUUCUCUUGCUGCGUUUAGGUGUGCUUGACACUGGGAAGAGUGUCUUGACAUUGGCCUUCAUUUCAGAAUGACAUUGUUAGAAAGCUUUCUCUCACUUUCCUCUGCCUGCUUCUUUUCCCCUUUCGCCUCCAUACCUGACUGUACCUCCAGAAGGCACGUACAUGUCCCCUGUGGCAGCCGGUCUGCAUGCAUGUUGUUUGGGGAAAGAGGGUGGUCAGGACUCUUGGGGAGGAAUUGAAUUCUUCCCCUGACCCCCUCUGAUCCUCUGCUUCGUAGUCGGUCUAUUUUCCUGGCUUUGAAUCACCCUGCCACGCACGGUGUUUUCUUUAGGGUCCUUCCUGCAGCCUCAAGAAGGAGCUAAGCAUCAGAAUAUGGUACCGUAGGAUGCAGAGAAAUUAAAAAUCAACAUAGAUUAAGUCUUUAGGUUCUAUUUGGCUCAAACCGGGAAGCCUUAAGUCCGUGUGUCUGCAUUAUUUGCUGGCCUGUCCAUAAUGGCUUUCAGGUUUCUUUGUGCUGUUCUUUCAUUUAUAAAACAAGGGGUUCAGACCGGAUGGUCAUCAUGGGCCUUUCCAGUUCUGAUAUUUGUCCUGUGGCCUAUUCUUUGUAUGGUGAAUUCAAUAAAUUAUGUUAAUGUGUCUA